UAUUUUCCGCUGUUAAUCAGUACCGAUCAACCACCAUGAGUUUUGAUGAAAUUGACAAGACCUUCGGAACCAAGAACCGCGAUCAAGGAUAUGAUUUGCUCAAAGCGCGUCUCGACAAAGGUGAUCGUUCGGUGGAAGUCUUGUGGAGACUUGCUCAAGUAAUUCAUGAGAAGUCUGCAUGUGUUCCAAAAGCUCAACGUAAGGCAAGUGUCACCGAAGGACUCAAGUUUGCUGAAGAAGCUGUCCAGAAGGAUCCAAACCAUUUCAAGGCGCUGAAGUGGAAUGCUGUGUUGACUGGACAAGCAACCGAAUAUAUGGCAACGAAAGAAAAGUUGGAAUGCAGUAAGAAGUUCAAGGAAUUGCUCGACAAAGCUCUUGCUAAGGAGCCAAAGGAUACGGCUCUCCUCCAUUUGCGUGGCCGUUACAAGUACUCGGUGGCAUCUCUGACAUGGCUUGAGAAGAAGCUUGCUGCCACGUUCUAUCAGCAACCACCAUCACAUUCCUAUGAAGAGGCCAACGAGGAUUUCCUUGCUGCUUAUAAGGUCAAUCCAAAAUGGAUGGAGAACACAUUUUAUGUGUCCAAAUGCUACGUAGCAAUUAAAGACAAGAACAACGCUCGCAAGUACCUUACCGAAGUGUGUGACAUCGAACCGUAUUCCGACGCUGAACAAGAGUUUGCCGAUGAUGCGAAGCAGAUGUUGUCUAAGCUUUAAGUUUAUUCAGUUUCCACACGAGAAAUCUAGCCAGAACAUUUAAAUAGCAUCCACAAAUGCGUUCUCGUAUUGUAGAAAUGUAAAGAAUAAAAAGUUUGAAAAAUGU